AAAAGACGGGGAGAGACGGCACGCAAUAUCGAAUCAAUUGAAGUUGCUGCCCGGCAGUGUUGGAUCUUGACUCAAACAAUCGAUGUCUUGCCCAGCGUAAGAAAAACUGAAGUGAGAGAACCCAAUUCCUGUUCAGUUGGUUUUGAUCAUCAAAGUCUCAAACUUUCCAGCUCCUCGGUCGGGUUGGUGACUCCAUCGUCCGCUGACAGUACUCGGAUACAUACAAGAGACGCGGACACAGCAUCAAUUGUUGUAAGAUUAUAGUCAUGUCGAUUCCUCAGCCCAUAAAGAAGUCAGUUCUAGGUGUUAUACUUGACUUAGAUGGGACCCUUUUAAACACAGAUGGCAUAGUAAGUGAGGUUUUAAAAGUAUUCCUGGUGAAGUUUGGAAAACAAUGGGAUGGUAGAGAGGCUGAUAAGAUAUUAGGCAAAACACCUUUUGAAGCCGCAGCUGCUAUAGUAGAAGAUUAUGGGCUUCCUUGUGCGACAGAGGAAUUCGUCUCUGAAAUCACUCCUACGUUCUCUGAUCAGUGGCGCAAUAUCAAACCUCUACCUGGUGCCAGCCGUUUAAUAAACCAUUUGAAAGGCCAUGGAAUUCCAAUGGCAUUGGCUUCUAAUUCUCCAAGGGCCUGCAUAGAAUCUAAAAUAUCCUGUCAACAGGAUUGGAAGGAAUCCUUCUCUGCUAUCAUUGGUGGUGAUGAAGUGCCAGCUGGAAAGCCUUCUCCUGAAAUAUUUCUUGAAGCAGCAAAUCGAUUGAAAAUGGAACCGUCUAGCUGCCUGGUCAUUGAGGAUUCUCUGCCUGGUGUUACAGCUGGCAAGGCCGCUGGGAUGGAAGUAGUUGCCGUCCCGUAUCUUCCCAAGCAAUCCCAUCUCUAUACAUCAGCUGGUGAGGUCAUCAAUUCCUUGCUCGACUUGAGACCAGAAAAGUGGGGUCUACCUCCUUUCAAAGAUUGGAUUGAGGGAACCUUACCAUUAGAACCUUGGCAUAUUGGGGGGCUCGUCAUUAAGGGUUUUGGUCGGGGCUCAAAGGUGCUUGGGAUCCCUACAGCUAAUUUGUCGACGGAAGGGUACACGACGCUGCUGUCAGAGUAUCCCUCAGGAGUUUAUUUCGGGUGGGCUGGAUUACCUGUGAGAGGAGUUUAUAAGAUGGUCAUGAGCAUUGGCUGGAACCCGUAUUUCAAUAACAAAGAAAAGACUAUUGAGCCUUGGUUGCUUCAUGAAUUUGAUGAGGACUUCUAUGGAGAGGAAUUGCGUCUCGUCAUAGUUGGCUAUAUACGACCUGAGUUGAAUUUCCCAUCUCUUGAGAGUUUAAUAGAGAAGAUCCAUGAUGACCGAAGAAUCGCUGAGAAAGCUCUCGAGCUUCCCCUCUACUCAAAGCACAGGAACGAUCCGUACCUUGAAGUCUCUGAUCGGGGUGACCACAAAAAUUCAUGAACUUAUCAGAAAGUCUGUUAGUUGGCAUGAUUUACGCCCACCUUAUUAGGUACGAUUAACUGAAACAUUGUACUUGCGCACGGGGAACAUAACUUAAUCUUGCAUGGUAAUCCCGAAACAUUGUACUGUUGUGUUGUUCUUGGCAUAUUUUUGGCCCUCAGAAAGGAGUGUUUUCGUGCUUUUACCCAGCAAAA